GUGUGGGUUUGUGUUGCUACACUAUUUGACAGCUCGACUGUUCUGUUCUUGCGCAUUACCAUUACAGACCGUCCGACACCGACGGUGGGAGGGGGACACAUUUCUCUUGCGUUGACAGCACUGGAUAUAAUAAAUGUGCGGUUUUAUGUAGCAUGCUAAAUAUUCACGUAACGGAGGUCAUGUACCGAUCAACACAGGUUUGUGGAAGAUGCUCGGACCUGAAGACUAGUGCUGGAAUUACGAAGAAAUUAUGUAGCCAUUGAGCUGGUGUUCUGUAGCUAGUCCGCGUCCAAAGACGGCGUUUCUCAUCUAUUCGAUUUCCAACCUUCGUGAAUCAAGAUUUUCAACCCUUCUUAAAAAUGAGACUGAAGUGAUCAGUGAUUAGGGAGAUGAUGACUUUCCAGGACGUGAGCUGGCUGGUUCAGGUGGCGCUCUUCUGCGCCUCACUGCUGGUUGUACUAGCCUGGCUAGUUCAGUUCUCACUGGGGUUGCUUCGCCCUAGGUGGUCCAGGGUCCAAGGCAAGAGGGACACCCCGUGGCGGUUGCCCUUGAGUCUCACCCACCAAACACUGACGGGCGGUGUGUGGGGUUCCCUCUUGAGGCUGAGGCUGGGGCGAGAUGGGGCAGGGACUGACACGGAGGCAGGUGUCAAGGGGCUUUUGUCUUCGCUCUUUGUUUUCAAGUCGUUCAGGGAGCACUGGCAGAGAGCCUGGGUGCGGGCACUCAACGAACAGGCCUGCAGGCAAGGGAGCUCCAUUCAAAUCACCUUUGAUGACAGUCUUCAGCUCCCAACUUCUGCGUCCAUUGACUGUGUGACUUGCACCGAACAAUCAGUACGCAGCAUGGUCCUGCAGUGCAAUUGUUCGGUCGACACCAUAACGUUCCCCGUGACUGUCACUCAGCAGUCACCUGCUGCUGUUUCCAUGGAUACCUACCAGAUCACGAUGAAGCCCAUGCAAGCCCAGUUGCAGGUCUGUCUUGAGGAAGUGGAGGAAGAGGGUCUCCUCGUGUCCUGGACUUUUUCAAAGCAACCUCAUCUCUCUUUAACUGUAAAAUCACGCCAAAGAGUCCAGAAAGAGGGCUCUGAUGUGGAGGUGGACAAUGAUAUGAUUGCUGCACUGGUGGAGGACACACUAUACACAACACACCCUGCCAUGAUCCUUAACCUGAGGGCCUGUGUAUCAAGCCCUGCGUUUCCCAGGGAGAAGCAGAUUGGUGGUCUGAACUCUCCGUCUCAGAGCACGCCUGUCAAGCGGAUUUUGGUGCACCAACUCAGAGCAACUGAUGUCAAAAAAGGAUGUCAGAGUCAUGUAGGAGAGCUUUGUUGUGUGCUGAGUCUGGACACUCCUUCCAUUGAAUGCAGAACUGGCUUCCUUACUCCUUCCCCCAGUCCUGGAGCAGCCCUGCACUGGACUGACGACUUUACACUGGAUGUUGGACCAGAAACCAAAGAACUCAAAGUAAGACUUGUGGAGAAAAACAGCAAAGGAGAACAGUUUCUGCCUGGUCGUGCUUCCUUACCACUGGAUCUCUCUAAAAGAAUUCCUAAUGGACAACACAAACUGUCCAUCGCUCCAGGUCAUGGUCUGGCUCCAACUGCUAUCGUAACUUUAGAGCUAUUGUAUUUGGAGUCCGGUGAUUUGCGUGCAUGUCAGAACGCGACUCCUCUGCGGUCCUCUGUCACUCCUUCGAAGAAGGUGGACGUGGACCGCACCAUCAUGCCCGAUGGCACCAUUGUCACCACAGUAACCACCAUCCAGUCACGACUUAAACUGGACCACAAACUAGGAGGAGACUCUCCGUCUAGGUCUCCCUCAAAGGUGGAGGUGACUGAAAAGACUCCCAGUGUGCUCACAAACAGCUUGCAGAGCAGCACCAGUGCCAGUCCAACCCCCAGCACAGAAGGCACCCUCCCUAAUGGGCUGGAUCCCGUAGCAGAAACGGCCAUUCGGCAGCUGACCGAGUCGGCCAGUAAGGUACCCAAGAAGACGCCUACUAAACGCAGCACUCUCAUCAUAUCUGGUGUGUCAAAGGUCCCCAUUACUGAGGAUGACUCAGCCUUAUCAGUGGGCUAUGCUGCAGCCAUGGACGCAGCCCUACAGGGGGCGCAUUCUCCCAGUGGACCCCCGAACCACCACGGAGCAUCCGCGCAUCAGGAAGGAGGCGAGACCACACCGUCUGACGCGUCAGAGCGACCGUCCGUGGAUGACGCGGAGUCAGAGACGGGAUCGACCGGAGCGCUGGAGACUCGUAGCCUCAAAGACCACAAAGUGGGAUUCCUCCGCAGUGGUACCAAGCUACUAUUCCGAAGGAAAAACAGAGAAAAAGACCCCAGUUUCAGUCAGUCCCACGAGGAUGUCUCCAACCUGGGCAAUGACUCCUCCACAGCCUCCUGCUCCUCCACCAGCCGCAAGAAGUCUGGAAGUUUCUCCCGCCGUCUCAUCAAACGCUUCUCGUUCCGCUCGUCCAAGACUAAGGGCAAAUCGAGCACAGCCAAUGGAGGGUCCAGCACUACAGAUAACUGAAGGAUAAAUAGAGAGAGAGAGAGAGAGAGAGAGAGAGAGAGAGAGAGAGAGAGAGAGAGAGAGAGAGAGAGAGAGAGAGAGAGAGAGAGACGGUGCAGGCACCAGUCAAAUGAGUGUGAAAAGUUAUUUAUGUUAGGUAUUGAUAUUCCACAACCUUUAUGGGGUAACGUCAUACUUCAGACCAUACUGUACCCAGGAAGCCAGCCUUGCUUUGUUGUUCUCCUGCCUGGAAUGUCAUCCUUCACCUAUGAUUACAGCGUUCGGGAUGGAAAACGCCAUUAAAUGUGGUAAAUAAAAGGAUUUGAACAUUUAUGGAUGCAUUGUUAAUCUAAUUAAUUUGGGGGGAGCUUUUUUGUGAAUGAUUAUGGGUGAACAAAUUCGAGAAACUCAAAAUGGACGGGAGUGUUAUGCGGUUAUUGAGCACAGGGGGGCGAAAUAGAUCAAUGACUAUUGAUGCCUCCCCUCCAACACUGUCGCUAUGUGUUGUUUUUAUUAUUUAUUUUAUUUCAUCAGUUGCACUUUGAAUCUUAAUCUGAUUGUUUACAAUGCUGGGGAGCUCUUUUUCUGUCGUUUU